AUGCCAUCAUAUGAUGAUGAUGUUCCGACACAGGAAGAAGAGAAUUUAUUAAAACAAUUACGAGAGAAUCAGGAAGAACAACAAAGAUUUCGAGUAAUCACCGAGGUUAAAAACUUAGUGAUCGGCUCGAAACGCUGUAAAACAGCAUUUUAUCGUGUUGGAACAAUCGAAAUACUUUGCAACUUACUUCAAGAGUUCUCAUCGAUAGAUACGAAUUCCAAUGAUUUACUGAUUGAAAUCAUUGACUGUAUAUCGUCAUUUGCGAAAUCGAGCAACAAAAAGAUUGUUGAUCGACUGAUGGAACUCGGAUGUAUCCAACAAUUAUUUCGUUUACUUUCAUCUCGAACUGAUUCGAUUCAACUCUGUGAAUCAUCUCUACGAUGUUUACGUUCAUUCUUUCUUCCCAAACUAUCUUCAACAAUGUUUUCAAAAGUUGACUAUACCAAUCCGUUUUUAACACCGAUUUCGUUCGUCCUUCUCUGCGAUCAACAUACACAGAAACCUCCUUCUCUUACCACUCAAACGCCUAAACUUGUCCAACUUCCCUCUUUCGAACAUUAUUCGCCGAUUGAAAUCCUUUUUGAAAUUCCUCAAUCAUUGGAUGUACUUCUACAUCUAAUAUCCGUUUCGAAAUGCGCACAAUUAUCGAUCGUCGAAAUUCUAUGCUGUCUAUGCGUGAAUAACGAACGACAGAAACAAUUGGUAGACAAAGAUUUUAUUCCUGUAAUUUUUCGUCUACUUUUACAAAACAUCUCCGAAAAACAACAACAGCAGCAGAAUAGUAAACUUUGUUCGAUCAAUCUAACAAAUGAAUAUAUCAUUGGAGUUUGUUUGAAAUUUCUAUGUUCAUUGUGCCAUGAAAACGCUUCGAUUGCUCAACAACUACAUGAUACAAUAUCUAGCGAAACGAAUCAAACAUUGUGCGAAGUCGUAUCGAGUCUGCUAAGCAAAAUUCACCGUCCGGUUGUUAUCUCUUACUACGCAUCAAAAUUUUUCGUUAAUCUUUGUAAAACUAAAGUGCUAGAUGCUGAUCAUCCAUCAGUCGCUAUCGAAUCUCUUUCAACCUUGAUACACUUGUGUACAAAAUCAAUUUUAAAUAAAUGCGUCUAUCUACACAUUGAAUGUUUGGACACGUUAAUUUACCUACUCAACGGAAAUAGUAUAUUACACAAAAAUGCAACGUACACAGAACAAUUAUUGAAUAAAUUAUUUACAUAUAUCUUCACUCCAUCGAAGGUUCUUGAUGAGCAAAUAGAUGAAUUAUUACUGGUACAAAUACGUUCGUCGGCAUUGACAUUACUUGCAGUUUUAUCGUCAUAUGAUGAAGAGAUCAAAAAGCGAAUUGCAGAUGAAGAAAAUUUAAUUGUCACAGCGAUUGAAUGUUAUCGCAUGCCACAUGUGUCGUUACAAUUAGCUGCUCUUCGGCUGUUUCAUGGCUUAUCACGAAGUGUUCAUCAACUUCGUACAACAUUUAAUGAUACCAUUUGUGAUAUUCUCCUCGAUGCUAUCAAAUCAAGUGAUUUAGAUAUUGUGAAAAUCUCCUCAUGUGUAAUAAGUAAUAUUGUUCUGGAAUUUUCAACUUGUCGAACGCGGUUACUCAAUGGUGGCAUAUUGUCUAUACUUCUGGCGCUGCUUACACAUACUGAUCAUGAUUUGUGUAUAAAUAGUAUAUGGGCACUACGUAACCUGUCGUAUUUAUCAACCUUGAAAAUCAAACAAGAUAUUAUCAAUGGCAUAACAGUUGAUCGCAUUUAUUCGUUACUUGAACGGUGUACCGAUGAACAAUUCUUGAUAUGUCUCUUGUCAUUAUUACGAAAUUUUUUCGAUGAAAAGGAUACCAAUGCACUACUGAUCCUAUUCAAUGAAGAGAAAUUAUUGAGUACAUUACAACGUCUACGGGAAAAAACGCAUCCGGAAGAAAUUCAACGUGAAUUAAUUACAUUGAUCGAUCACUUGAAUUCAAAUAAUAAUUCGUCCGAACAACGUCUAUCCUCUGAUUCGGUUGGUUCAUCCUGUCGGACAUCGUUGUUUGCCGAUUAUACAUGUGAUGAAAUGGAUCAACUAGAUUGUUCAUAA